GAUCCCAACUAGAACUAGUGUUCCCGUGAGCAGAGCAGAAAACCGUAAUAUAUAUUCUCCAACGUGCUGCCGCUACUUAUUUAUAUUAAACAUAAAAUGCCCGAAGGCUGUGCCAAACGCAUGUCCUUUUUGCCAAUGGUGAAUGCAAUAUAGAAUCAAAUCAAGUGAACGCGAAGUAAGCAAAUAAACGAUCUGAGUUUUUUUUUGUGUUGGUGUUGUUGUGUUGUGACGAGGAAAGUACGACAUUUCGAUGAUAGUCGCAUUGCAAUAUAAAGUGCAACAUAAAUGCUAUAGAACCGAAUGUGAAUGUGAGGAGCCAUUGAGCUGUGAAAUGUGAAAAUCGCAAAGAAAUCGAGAGAAAACGCACACGUCAAUGUAACCACAAAGCUGCCCCAAGAAAACGAAAAGUAAAAUAUAUAAAGAAAUUAAAAAAUAAACUAGCAAACUGAAAGCGCAAAAUUAAAAAAAAAACAACAAAUCUCGAACUUUGUUCGAAAGCCAAAGUAUCUAACAAAACAAUAUUUGUACAUAAAACACCAUCGAAUAGUAUAUAUAUAUAUAUACAUAUAUAUCAGAUAUAUAUACAGAUGUGCUGGCGAAACUAAAAGGAGGAGAACUCAAGGAAAAGCCAAAGCGAUUUUUCCGCACAUUUCCACUCGAAAGCGACUCCAGUAAAUUCUCAAAAUUGCGACCCACGCUUUUCCCAGUUCGGCGGCGUUGAACCACAAUCAAAGCUGCUGCACCACCGCCAUUUCCGCUGCCAUUUCCACCAGCACCACCAUAAAUAGUAGCAGAAACACCGCUCACAGAAUGCCAGUGAAAAAGCAAGAAGCUCAUCGGGCUCUCGAGCUGCUCGAGGACUACCACGCGAGACUUUCGGAGCCGCAGGAUCGGGCGCUGCGUAUUGCAAUCGAACGCGUUAUACGCAUAUUUAAAUCUCGCUUGUUUCAAGCGCUGUUAGAUAUACAAGAAUUCUAUGAAUUGACAUUAUUGGAUGACUCGAAGAGCAUACAACAAAAGACAGCGGAGACCUUGCAAAUUGCAACCAAAUGGGAAAAGGAUGGCCAGGCAGUCAAAAUAGCUGAUAAUCAGCGCAUGCGCAUCGAAUCGGACACGGAAAAUGCCAAGGAGCCAACUGUCGAGCAGCAGCAAAAGCAGCAGCAAGCGCAGCAGCGCAGUUCCCGCUCCCCGCAGCAGCAGAAUCCGCAGCAGCAGCAGGGAUCCAAAUCGAGGAGCGGGUCCCAGACUCUCCAUAAGGCAUCGUCCACAAAGGUGAAUGGCGAUGAUAGCUGGUUAUACGAGGACAUUCAGCUGGAGCGCGGCAACUCCGGAUUGGGCUUUUCCAUUGCCGGCGGUACGGAUAAUCCGCACAUCGGCACCGACACCUCCAUCUACAUCACCAAGCUCAUUUCCGGUGGAGCAGCUGCCGCCGAUGGACGUCUGAGCAUCAACGAUAUCAUCGUAUCGGUGAACGAUGUGUCCGUGGUGGAUGUGCCACAUGCCUCCGCCGUGGAUGCCCUCAAGAAGGCGGGCAAUGUUGUUAAGCUGCAUGUGAAGCGAAAACGUGGAACGGCCACCACCCCGGCAGCGGGAUCGGCGGCAGGAGAUGCUCGGGAUAGUGCGGCCAGCGGACCGAAGGUCAUCGAAAUCGAUCUGGUCAAGGGCGGCAAGGGACUGGGCUUCUCAAUUGCCGGCGGCAUUGGCAACCAGCACAUCCCCGGCGACAAUGGCAUCUAUGUGACCAAGUUGAUGGACGGCGGAGCAGCGCAGGUGGACGGACGUCUCUCCAUCGGAGAUAAGCUGAUUGCAGUGCGCACCAACGGGAGCGAGAAGAACCUGGAGAACGUAACGCACGAACUGGCGGUGGCCACGUUGAAAUCGAUCACCGACAAGGUGACGCUGAUCAUUGGAAAGACACAGCAUCUGACCACCAGUGCGUCCGGCGGCGGAGGAGGAGGCCUUUCAUCCGGACAACAAUUGUCGCAGUCCCAAUCGCAGUUGGCCACCAGCCAGAGCCAAAGUCAGGUGCAUCAGCAGCAGCAUGCGACGCCGAUGGUCAAUUCGCAGUCGACAGAGCCCGGGUCGCGAUACGCCUCUACAAAUGUCCUAGCCGCCGUUCCACCAGGAACUCCACGCGCUGUCAGCACCGAGGAUAUAACCAGAGAACCGCGCACCAUCACCAUCCAGAAGGGACCGCAGGGCCUGGGCUUCAAUAUCGUUGGCGGCGAGGAUGGCCAGGGUAUCUAUGUGUCCUUCAUCCUGGCCGGCGGCCCAGCGGAUCUCGGGUCGGAGUUGAAGCGUGGCGACCAGCUGCUCAGCGUGAACAAUGUCAAUCUCACGCACGCCACCCACGAAGAGGCAGCCCAGGCGCUCAAGACUUCUGGCGGUGUGGUGACCCUGUUGGCGCAGUACCGCCCAGAGGAGUACAAUCGCUUCGAGGCACGCAUUCAAGAGUUGAAACAACAGGCUGCCCUCGGUGCCGGCGGAUCGGGAACGCUGCUGCGCACCACGCAAAAGCGAUCGCUGUAUGUGCGCGCCCUGUUUGACUACGAUCCGAAUCGGGAUGAUGGAUUGCCCUCGCGAGGAUUGCCCUUUAAGCACGGCGAUAUCCUGCACGUGACCAAUGCCUCCGACGAUGAAUGGUGGCAGGCACGACGAGUUCUCGGCGACAACGAGGACGAGCAAAUCGGUAUUGUACCAUCGAAAAGGCGUUGGGAGCGCAAAAUGCGAGCUAGGGACCGCAGCGUUAAGUUCCAGGGACAUGCGGCAGCUAAUAAUAAUCUGGAUAAGCAAUCGACAUUGGAUCGAAAGAAAAAGAAUUUCACAUUCUCGCGCAAAUUUCCGUUUAUGAAGAGUCGCGAUGAGAAGAAUGAAGAUGGCAGCGACCAAGAGCCCUUUAUGCUUUGCUACACACAAGACGAUGCCAAUGCUGAAGGAGGCGAGAUUAUCUACAGGGUGGAGUUACCCGAUAUGGAGCAGAUAACUCUGAUCUACUUGGAGAAUAAUGAUGCUGACUAUCCUUCCGAGGAGAACGUGUUGUCCUACGAGGCCGUACAGCGUUUGUCCAUCAACUACACGCGCCCGGUGAUUAUUCUGGGACCCCUGAAGGAUCGCAUCAACGAUGACCUUAUAUCAGAGUAUCCCGACAAGUUCGGCUCUUGUGUGCCACACACCACCCGACCCAAGCGAGAGUACGAGGUGGAUGGUAGGGACUACCACUUUGUAUCCUCUCGCGAGCAAAUGGAACGGGAUAUUCAGAAUCAUCUGUUCAUCGAGGCGGGACAGUAUAACGACAAUCUGUACGGCACAUCGGUGGCCAGCGUGCGCGAAGUGGCCGAGAAGGGUAAACACUGCAUCCUGGACGUGUCCGGGAACGCCAUCAAGCGACUCCAAGUUGCCCAGCUGUAUCCCGUCGCCGUGUUCAUCAAGCCCAAGUCGGUGGAUUCAGUGAUGGAAAUGAAUCGUCGCAUGACGGAGGAGCAGGCCAAGAAGACUUACGAGCGGGCGAUUAAAAUGGAGCAAGAAUUCGGCGAAUACUUUACGGGCGUUGUCCAAGGCGAUACCAUCGAGGAGAUUUACAGCAAAGUGAAAUCGAUGAUUUGGUCCCAGUCGGGACCAACCAUUUGGGUACCUUCCAAGGAAUCUCUAUGACCAACAGCCACCACAACUUGGACACUGCCGCCUCGAGUUCGAUGUCGACCAGUCUCGAGAACAACAAUAGGAGCAACAGCAGCAGCAACAAAUCAGCAGCCGCAGCAGAAGACGCCGCACUGAUGAUGCAUCACAGUAACAACAGAUACUAAUACAACUACAACAACAACAAGAACAACAACAACAACAGCAACCACAGCAGCAGCCACAGCGACAACAACAAAAACAACAACACUGACAACGACAGGAAACGGAAAUGAAAACGGAUACGGAAACGUAACCACAGACCUGAACUAACCAAUUUGACCGCAGACAGAACAAAUUUAUUACGACGCAGCCGCAGCAGCCAACUUAAUGUAGCAAAUUGUCCAAAGCAAUUUUUUUUUGGAUGCACUCAUUGAUGUACGAUUAGUAGUUUAGGUGAACGUACAUCCACCAGCUAGACGGUGACGGAAAUGAGCGAACAUCAGAGCAAAGCAUUUGGCAUUAGGCAUAUGGCAUAUGGCAUAUGAGAUGAGAUAUGGGUGUUCAAACGGUAGCGGACAAAGGUGUAUAGUUUUUAGUUAGAACAAAGUUGGAUAUAAACAAAAGAAGCGAAAUAUAAUAUAAAAUAUGUAUAUAUAUAUAUAUCAAUAUAUAUAUAUAUAUAUAGAUAUAUACACCCACUUAUAUAGGUUAAGAUCCGAUUAUAAAAACAUAGAGAAGAGCGAAAAUGAGGGCUUUCUGGAGUUCGUUAAGCGCUAGAGUGUUGUUUGUUUAUGUUGAUGUUUAUAUACGAGAGCCAAGAGUUAUAGCGAGUUAGUUAUGUUGACGAUAAUGUGUUUUUUUGAUAUAUAUUGACCUAUAUGAAUAUGUAAACAUGCAGACGCAGGCACAGGCACCCCACCCAUGCACACCGAUGUUUUGCCGGUGAUAGUGAUGUUGAGGCACAAGUGCAUUGCAUUGCAUGGUGGUUAACUAUAAGUACGACAAUGUUUAGUAGCUGACUACGAAUAAUGACGACGAUGACGGGACGCAGAUGCAGAUGCAGAUGCAGAUGCGGAUGUGAAUGCGAUUGCGAACGGUUGCGGAUCUAGCGGAAAGUCAGACAAUGACGAUAACGAUUUACGAUUACGAUCUAAUGAUAAUGAUAAAUAUAUAUUGAUGAAUAUUGACGCUAAUAACGAUGGAGAUGAUGAAAAACGUUGGUGCAUUUGUUGUUAGAUGUAUGUAAUUUUUCCCACUCGCCUUUGCCUAAAAGCAACACAAAAUUAAAACAAACAAGAACGAUAUAUAAAACGUAUAAACACUAGUAACUAGCGGAAAAGUUGCAUAUAGAACCACGGAAAUUCAUUCACACAACCACUUACUAUACUAUAUCUGUACCAUUUAGCCCAUAGUCCGCAGAAGAUCGUCGAAACAAAGUCAUUUUACUAUAUAAACAAAACAUCCGCAUAAUAAUGUAAACUACGACAGAAAUUGAUUGGAAAAAAGGAGAAAUUGAAUUUGUUGUCGCGUUGAUUUAAACCUAUAUAAUGAGUAAAAUAUUGUAUAUUUAACAAUCUAUAAAACAAAUAUAGUAUGUAGAUAAUACACACAAACACACGAACCCAUAAAUAACACACACACACACACACACACAAAUGGACUACCGUUGCGGUCUAAUUUUAUACACACCAGACAAAUCGAAUUGCAAAUAAAUAAAUAAUUAAGAAAGUGACAAUGGAGAAGCAGAGCUGGAGAUGAGAUCAACUCAAACUAGAUAACUAUACAUAUAUUUGCUGAUUAAUUUAUGUAAACCAAUAUACGAUUUAUAGCCAACGCACAGAAAAUGAAAAACAAAAAAAAGCAAUACAUACGAAAUUUGUUCGAAAAAAUUUAGCUAAAUUCAAGUUGAGUGUUAACAUUAUAAUUCAUGCGAAUAUGCAUAUAUUCAAUUUUUUUUUUUAACUCUCCAUCUCUCCUGCUCGCCAUUAUACGAACUACUUAAAACAUUUUUUUUUAAUUAAAUUUUUUGUAUAUUGCAAAAACGUCGACGACGCCACAGCAGCAGCAGCUAUGGAUAUUAUUUCAAAAAUAUAUACAUAUAACUAUUAUACGAAUAAAGAGAAAACAAAUUCAUUAUAAUUUUCACAAUGUAUGCGCCGAGAGCAUUGUUAUAUUUAAUAAACAACCUAAAACAAAAAGGACAAACAAUGGAAAACAAAAUAAAAACUAUGCGAAUAAUUUCCACUCUAAACAAAAUGCAAAACAAAGCAAAACAAAAAAAAAAAAAAACGAAGAAGCUGAGGAACUCUAAGUGUAAUAAACUAAUUAAAAAUCGAACUUCUUAAUCAAUUUGAUACAUCCAACUAGCAUACGGAAAGCAUUGCAUUAACUAACAUUAAACGAUGUGCAGAGGAGUUAACUAUAGAUAACCGCUUAAACAGGGUGACUAUUCGUAGCAAGUGAUUUUUUUUCGCUCAAACAAAAAUACUUAAAUCACUGGUUAAGGCCCUAUUUUCCAUGCGGUUCUUCCGAAAGCGAGGCAGCCAGUGAACGAAAAAACCUAUACCAAAUUCAAAUCACUUUUCCAACUAGCCUUAGAUUUUACUAACAAACAUGAAACCCUCGAGAACUAACUAUCAAGCAAUUAUCAACUAGAUAAAGAAAAUAUAUAUUUAAAUUAGAGGCCCCAGGAGCGGCUGAGAAGGGCGACUUUCUUUUCUCAAAAAAACAUAAAAAAAAAAAACGCAAAAAUAAGUAUGAUACAAAAUGUAUAACCCUUUCGUCCCAGAUGAUAUAUAUAUAUAUAUAUAUAUAUAUAUGUAUGUAUAUCCUAUCCACUACACACACGCGCGCGCAUACAAAGCAUGGGAAAGCGUUUCAUCAAAAUUGUGCCUUUUCUUUUUGUUGUUGUUGUUGUCGAAUCGAAUCGAAUCGAAUUUCGAUGAAAAUAUACACACACAUAGACACAUGUACGGGCAGCUUUCGUAUGGUUUCCGCUCACACUUAUGUACAUCCCGUUUACAUCACAUUUACAUCCUGACCCACUGCCACCACCCCCAUGGAAACAAAAAACAAGGAAAUGGUUUUUUGCUAGUCAUACAUACACCCACGAGAAACUAGGAAAAAGAAAAAGAAGAAGAAGAAGGAAUCUUUAGCCUUAGCGAUCAGUAAAGAAAGUAAAUCAAAUUCAAUUUCGUUGAAGUUCGCGAUCAGAUCGGCAGUAGAGCUAUAUAUGCUAUACAUAUAUACAUAUACGAUAGUGCUAAAACCAAAACGGAAAUCGAUGGAUAGUAAUGAGUUUAAGAAUUGGGUUGAUAUAAAUGAAUAUAUGGGCAAAAAAAAAAAACACACAAGUACACCCAACAUAUGUACAAUACUCUCAUGUUCAUGUGCGAGAUACAAAUUGGAGACCCCAUUCGGCCUCAAAAUGCGUUUUCAUUAUGUAUUAUGUCAAAUGUAAUUUGUUCAUCAGCGGAUGAAACACUCGCCCACACUCAAAAAAAAAAAAAAAACACACUCGAAAUAAACCGUAAUAAAAAUACGUAAUCAUAUGCCUGGCAUUUUCAUUAUUUAGUUAUCAUGUACUUAAUUUUUUAGAUUUUAGCCGAUUGACGAGAAGUGUAUUCACUUU